CACUACCAACGUCUAUUAAUUCUGGUAUUUCAUUUCAUUUUAACACGAAUACCCAAACCUAUAGUUAAUAAUCCCAGUCCCUCACAGUGGAAUCUGGUAAUACAGAAGAUUAACAUGGAAGAUGGUGGGAACUAUACCUGUACUGCCAACACCCUACCAGUUCAAGAGCAAACCGUUACUUUGAACAUUAGAGUUUCCCCGAGGAUCGCCAACUCGAGUAAAUCUAACAUCACUGUAGUAGAGGGUGAAUCUAUCAGUUUAUUUUGUCAGACAACCGGACUACCUCGACCCACUGUCACUUGGUUUAAACUCUCUAGAUCUGGUGAUAUUAAAACACGUAAGGGUGAAACGUUGAAAUUAAAGGAAGUCAGACGAACUGAUGAUGGAAUGUUCCAAUGUUUAGCUGAUAAUAACUUCCUACCAACUGUAUAUAGAAACUUUCGGAUCACGGUUCAUUAUCCACCGGAAGUUAAGCUCCCUGUUACUAGAAUAGGGCAAGCUAAAGGCAAAGACACCAUAUUGGAAUGCUACGUCACUUCCGUUCCAAGGGCGAUAAUUAGUUGGGAGUUUAAGAAUAGAAUGCUCAGAAUGGGAGUGAAACAUUCAGUAGACCAUUUUAUAGAUAGUUUAUCUCGAGACGUGUAUAGUUUAGUCAUUAGAAACCUUAAUCAGUCAGACUUUGGUACCUAUACCUGUACGGCUGCUAAUCAAAUUGGAGAGACAAUGAAAUCAGUGCAACUUUACGGUAGGUAG